CACUUAUUUUUUAGUGUGGAGGGAUGGAAUCAAUGACUCAACUGAAUACGGAACCUGGUGUCCAUUCUACCCUCAACUUAGAUGAGGUCUCUAAACCACUGCUGUGUGUUCCUCCGAGAGAAGAACAUCUGAGGAAAUCUGUGGACAUUGGGGGUAAGACUCCCUCCUCUCAACACAUAGACGGAUCGUCCAUCGGAUCCCUUUCCAAACCCCCAGCCAUGAAGGUUUCCAGAAGCCACAUUAGUGUCAAAGAACUCCAGCGUCGAUUCACGAUGCCUGCAGCUUUGCCAGCAGAGAAUGUGAACAACAAUUCAAGGAAUGAGUCUUGGGCAGAGGCCAGAAGAGAGCAGCGUCGAGUCUCCAUUCGAAAAGACCUCGCCCGUCCCCUCUACAGGAAGGACAUAUUCUACAGUGGAAGUAUCGUCCAUCUACCCGAAUAUAGAGAAUCUAAGCACGACAUCAGGACAUACAUAUCAAAUGUCACACUCAUCCCCGAUCAACAGAUGGAGAUUCCUGACUCCAGAGAGAAGAAACUGUGUCCCCGCCUUCCCCGAAGCAUGGAAGACACUUUGAAGGAGGCCCUCGACUUCUCACUCCUCCGUCAGCCCAAUUUCUUGCUGGCCUGUGUGGCCAAUCUUUUUGUUUCAGCUGCCUACAUUUCCCUGACAUCUAUCAUAUUGGUGGAUAUGGUAGGAUUAGACAGGCUAACCAACUCUUUUGGAUUAUUGAGUCUUUUCAGAGGUGCCGCAUCCAUUCUGGGUCCUCCACUCGCAGGUUCUUUUUAUGACUGGACCGGCAGUUACGAAAUUCCAUUCUUCAUAGCCGGUGGACUGCUCAUAUUGGCGGGAUUCCUCAUGUAUUUUGUGCCUAGGCUCGAGAAGACACCCCUCUGCGACAUCAAAAUCUCCACAGAACCCACCACUUCCCUCUGA